GCAGCAGCAGUUGAAUGAAGUCGACGGGAGGAAGUGGCGGUUAAUGCAGCUCCACACCUUUCCGGUGUAGCAGCACUGCGACCAGCUCGACUUAAAGGAGAAAGACGAGAGCUGGGUGUACUUAUCAAGACAGGAGGGGGAGAUAGGAGGGGGAUACGGAGUGGAGUUUCAUGAGUGGAUACAUGUGUUGCUGAGUCACCAAGGGUUUUUAUCGAAGACGUCCCUUUCGGCGCGGUGAAGUUACCCGGCGCGACGCUUGAUGGACUAGCCGCAGAAAGCUGCUUUUCUCCUCCGGUAGCGGUGAAGAGAACAAGGGCGCACCCGAUGAGGAGGACCGCUAGACACAAACACCAGAAGGAAUUCACAAGUACCGCGGCUUUUUCGGGGCCUUAUAUACACGCCGUGUCUGCUGUCUGCAGUUUCUGAUCGCCACGGUCUGUCUUUGUCACGCAGCUUUACGUUGAAUCGGGCAACGGAAUGAACGUCCUGCAACAGCUGCUGCCAAGUUCUUAGCCUGACCGUGCCAUGUUGUGUACAGGCCCCGCAAACAUUGUGAUACUCUGAACAUAAAUGUCCCAGCACUUCACAGGGCGCACAGACUUUCACGUAAAACGCCUUUAAGAACUGUUUGUUAGGUUUUGAGAUGAGUGUUCAUUUUCGACGUGUUUUCUCCACAUAUGCUCUUCACUGAGUCAUGUUUUCACAAGUCAGCCCAUAAAACUGAAACUGUAGUCAAAGUGAGUAAUCAUCAGCACGCGAUCAGACAUUUUUCUCGUUAGGAACAAAGUAUUUAUGCACAAGAGUUCAAAAUGGGGAAAAUGCUGUCUAAAAUAUUUGGCAACAAGGAGAUGAGAAUAUUAAUGCUCGGACUUGAUGCUGCUGGAAAGACAACAAUCCUUUACAAACUGAAACUCGGACAGUCUGUCACCACAAUCCCCACAGUCGGCUUCAAUGUGGAGACUGUCACCUACAAAAAUGUCAAGUUCAACGUCUGGGAUGUUGGGGGCCAAGAUAAGAUUCGUCCUCUGUGGCGACACUACUACACGGGCACCCAGGGGUUAAUUUUUGUGGUGGAUUGCGCGGACAGGGAUCGCAUCGACGAGGCAAGGCAGGAGCUCCACCGCAUCAUUAAUGACCGGGAGAUGAGGGAUGCCAUCAUCUUGAUAUUCGCCAAUAAGCAAGACCUUCCGGAUGCCAUGAAGCCACAUGAAAUCCAGGAGAAGCUCGGAUUGACCCGCAUCAGAGAUAGGAAUUGGUAUGUUCAGCCCUCCUGUGCGACCACAGGUGAUGGACUGUAUGAGGGCUUGACAUGGCUAACCUCAAAUUACAAAUCUUAAUGAUUGAGUGCUGACUGUUUUAGGUCAAAACUAUAAUAACGUUGCAAGUAACAAAUAACUUCUCAAAAUGAGUAUGGUUAAGACAAAGUUGAUUAUCUCCCAUUUAUUUUUAAUACUACGUUUACCCCAUGACUAAUUUAUCUUUAACUGGGUUUGCUGGCUUAAAGUUUGCUUGUACUCUGUAGCAGGCCUAUAUCACAUUCAUUAUCUUGGGGCUUGCUUGAUGAAUAUUGAAUUAAUUGGGCCUGAUGUUAAAGCCACAGAGAUCACCGCCUUUGCCUGUUCUUUUCCCUGUUUUGUAUGAUUUUUCUAACGAAGCUGAAGACUUUGUCCUCAUUCUCGGACUCAAACUUUGUUUCGAGGUUCUUCAGCCUCUGUUGCAUUGAAGUUGGAUCUUUUUUCCCUCUAAGGUGAGAUCUUUAAUGUCAUGUAGCAUACUUGAAGGACUUUGACAUUUGUUCUAACAGUGCUGUGAUGAAAAGUAUUUCUUCUCAAUGGUAUUGACUGCUGCAAGGAGGGGGGGUGGGGUGAAAAAAAAGAGAAGUCUCACCAUUGCUUACAUUUCAUUGUCGUCAGUCUUGACAUCAGAGAAACAAAAUUACUUCAGAUAUGUUUUGUUACCCCUCCCAAUCCCCUUAUGUGGGUUAUAUAGUUUACUGAUUGACCUUUUGUGUCAUGUCUUGAUACCUAAUUGUGCUGAAUAUUCAACAAAUAGGCCUCCAGUAACUCUUAAACAUGCUUGUUGGGAUGCAUUUUUUUGAUUUUUGGGUAACACGUAGUCAGUCGACUCAAUCUUUCCAAAGGAAUGUCAUUCAGCUCUGAGCUCUCUCAAUCUGAUACCACAGUUGAUUAGUCUCAGUAUUGGGACAUUAUAUGAUAGCCUAUAUCUGUAGCAUGAGUACGAAAGUACAGUAACCCUACAUCAGAGUCCAUCUGUCGUGCAGUCAGAGGGAGCUGUUGACUGGGGGGGAAUGUUGAAGACACCCUGUUGUGCAGCUCUUAUUUUGACUGGGGGGAACCAUGUACAGAACAAUGUCAUUGUAAUGUCUUAUUAAAAAAGUGAUUUUAAA